AUGGCUUUGCCAAAGGCAGCCUGUUUUUCAGGUGGAGGCGAUCUUCUGUACUUCCUGCACGUGGUCCCAGAGCGGCAGUUCGAUGUUAUUGGGGGGGACGCUGCUGAGACCAUCAUCAACGAGGACGAAGAUGCAGAGCGCAGAGCGGUUGCCAAUGCCAAGGACUUCAUCAAGCAUCGCAUCUUGGAAAGAAUAGAGGACAAGCAAGUGCCUCACCAGGUAGAAAUUGUGCGGUUCCGCACUGACAGUGAGUCAGUGGGAACAGUCAUCUCAGAACGGGCUGCCACCCUCAAUGCUGCAGCUGUGGUGAUGGCCAAGCACAGACAAGGAGCCAUCAGAGCCUUCUUCAUCGGCAGCGCGACCAAAUUCGUGGCAAAUACCUGCAAGCAGCCAGUGGUAGUCCUGCAUUGA